AUGGCGCAAUAUCUAUCGCCUCGUAUUAUUGAACAUCCCACAGAUUUAGUGGUGAAAAAGAAUGAACCGGCCACACUGAAUUGUAAAGUUGAAGGCAAACCGGAGCCAACAAUUGAAUGGUUUAAGGACGGCGAACCUGUCAAUACAAAUGAUAAGAAAUCACAUCGGGUGCUCUUCAAGGAUGGUGCCCUGUUCUUCUAUCGCACUGUGCAGGGCAAAAAGGAACAGGACAGUGGUGUCUAUUGGUGUGUGGCCAAAAAUCAUGUUGGCAAAGCAGUCAGUCGUCAUGCCACUUUGCAAAUAGCGGUUUUACGGGAUGAUUUUCGCGCACAGCCAAAGGAUACCCGGGUGGCUAAAGGCGAAACAGCAUUGUUGGAAUGUGGGCCACCAAAAGGUAUUCCGGAGCCAACAUUAAUAUGGAUGAAGGACGGUGUGCCUCUGGACGAUUUGAAGACAAAAUCUUAUGGAACCACAUCACGUAUACGCAUUGUCGAUGGUGGCAAUUUAUUGAUAAGCAACGUUGAACCAAUUGAUGAGGGCAACUAUAAGUGUAUCGCUCAAAAUAUUGUCGGUACCCGAGAGUCCAGUUAUGCUAAACUAAUUGUCGAAGUUAAACCCUAUUUUAUGAAAAAACCUCAAGACCUAACCAUGCUGGCUGGACAAACGGCAACAUUUCAUUGUUCGGUGGGUGGUGAUCCACCACCAAAGAUUUUGUGGAAAAAGGAAGAAGGCAAUAUACCCGUAUCCAGAGUAAGCAUACAGCCCGACGACAAAGGUUUGGAAAUUUUCAACAUUGUGCCAGAGGAUGAGGGCACCUAUGUGUGUGAGGCUCUCAAUUCGGUGGGACAAAUCAGUGCCAGGGCCUCGUUGACCGUGCAUGCCCCUCCCACCUUCAUAGUCAAACCCCAAGACAAAAAGGUGGGCCUGAACGGUGUGGCCUCAUUUCCCUGUGUGGCCGAUGGCAAUCCACCACCCUCGGUAUUCUGGACCAAAGAGGGUUCCAGCACUCUGAUGUUCCCCAACAACUCCUAUGGCCACUUACAUGUUUCACUUGAAGGUACUCUGCAAAUCAAUGGUGUACAAAAGGAUGAUGCCGGCUAUUAUGUCUGUUCGGCGUUUAGUGUUGUCGAUUCGACAACAAUUCGAGCAUUUUUACAGGUUACCUCUGUAGACGAUACCCCACCGCCCAUCAUCCAAAUUGGCCCCUCAAAUCAAACUCUACCCAAGGGCAGUGUUGCCAUGUUACCCUGCCGUGCUUCAGGACAUCCAACACCACGCGUUAAGUGGUAUCGUGAUGGCACCACCCUACAAAGUGGUAAUCGUUAUACCAUUGUUCAGGGUGGAUCUCUAAGGAUUGAUG